AUGGUAUCUCUUAGGAAUGCAACAUUUGAGGAAAUUUUGGAUGAUUUAUCAGUUAGAUUUAUAGUUAAUUUACCGGAGGAGGAACUUGGAUCAAUUCCACGAAUAUGUUUUCAAAUUGAACAAGCACAUUGGUAUUAUGAAGAUUUUAUUAGGGAGUUAAAUCCUCAAUUGCCUUCAAUGCAUCUGAGAACAUUUUGUUUGACGUUAUUUGCACAUUGCCCGUUAUUGUGGAAGUGGAAUAAAGAGUAUGAAAAAGCGUAUGAUAAUUUUUUGAAAUAUAAGAUAAGAGUUCCUGUUAGAGGGGCAAUUUUAUUGAAUGAGACAUGUGAGGAGUGUGUUCUUGUGAAAGGAUGGAAAAACUCGUCUGGAUGGGGGUUUCCUAAAGGGAAAAUAAAUAAGGAUGAAUUGGAUACGGAUUGUGCGAUUCGGGAAGUAUUUGAAGAAACGGGGUUUGAUAUUUCGAAGCUUAUACAGCCAAAUGAUUAUAUAGAAAUUACGCUUUGUGAACAAAAUAUCCGUCUUUAUAUAAUAGCGGGUGUUCCUAGUGAUACCAAUUUUAUAACACAUACUCGUAAAGAAAUCAGUAAAAUAAGAUGGCAUAAACUUUCAGAUCUUCCUGCCUAUUCGAAAUCUAGAAAGGAAGAUAAUUAUGGAAAUAAAGAAGCAUCAAAAUCUAAAUAUUAUUUAGUAGCACCAUUUUUAGAACCUUUAUUGAGAUGGAUUCGAAAAAGAAAAAAGCCUUAUUUGAAUUCUAUAGAAAUAAUGAAAGAAUAUGUCGAUUCAGAUUUUGAAACAGAUCAAAAUAUUUGUAGAAAGAAUUCUGAAACACUUAAGACACUUCUUGGAAUAUCAUCUUAUUCCCCUAUUAGUACUACAUCUUUCACUAUGUCUGUUGAUCUUACACAUUCAUCUAAGGAAGAAGUUUCUUUUCUAAAUAAGAAUAUAUCUGAUAAUGAUCACAAAACUAAUCCAAAAUAUGAUAAAGAUACUGUAUUUAAUAUCUCAAAAAAAGAUUCAGAAGAAAAAAAUAGGGGCGCUAAAAGAAUUAUGGAAUUAUUACACCUUAAUAUUAAUAAUAAUGCAAAUAAAAUAUAUGAAAAGGAUAUAUCUUAUGAAAAAAAUAAUAACGCUCUUUCUUUCGAAGAAAAAUUAAGAAAAAAUAGAAAUUUCCCCCCAUCUCCUUCAGAAAUUCCUUCGAACUUUUCAACAAAUACAAGCGUAUUUAAUCAGGUUUCUUUAAAUACUUCAGAAGAAAAAAAUAUGGGUUCAAAUUACAAUAUAAAUAAUUGCAACAAAGAAAAAUUACUUUUAGCAUUAUUAGGAAAACAAGUCAGCGAUUUGGAAGUAAAUUCAUUACAAAAAAAGAAUUUAAAUAUAAAAAAUGAUAUAAUAAUUAAACAAACAAAUACAAAUAAACAUUCUGGAAAUGCUUAUAAACCAGAUGGAUUAAAAAAUAUUCAAACACCAUUAUUGUCAAAAAUAUCGCCGACAUCAUCAUCUUCUGUUACAAAUACAAAUGGUACAGCUAUCGAAAAAUUGGAUGCACAAUUGCUUUGUUAUUUGGAAAAUGUCAUUAUAAAGGCAAGGAAUCAAAAAUAA